AUGAAUCGCUUUCCGAAGUUCGAUAUGGUCAUCUCAGCACCACCCCAGCUUACGAUGUGGUACAACGAUUUUGAUAGGGAUCAUAGGCGAACCCUUAACAAGUACGUAGGUGCCUUAACCGAGUUGAUCAACAUGGAUGGUUGGCCAGAACUAAUCGAGGUGCUUACAGGGUAUUGGGACAGUCAGAAGAUGGUCUUUCGUUUCGGAACAGCUGAAAUUACCCCGACGUUGGAAGAGAUAAGGGAUUGUAUAGACACCGUGGGCACUGGGAUAGAGAGGAGAGCCCGAAAACAAGAGGAUAUUUUCAUCCCCAACAAACCUUCCGUAGAGAAUAUUGCGGAUUGGUUUGGACUAAGAAAGGACUUCGCUUAUUGGUGUCAGGAUUCCCACGUGAUGUUCAGAGAUCUCUAUAUUAGAUUCGGACACGCGAGUUUCUACGCCGCGUACAAUCGGGAGUUUAAGAUCUCCUACAGAGAGUGGAACGAGGUCCGUCCCCUAGCGUUUGCCGUGGCAUUGUUGGGAACAAUGGUCUUCCCGCAUGGUCCGAGUUUGAGCAUCAACACCAGAGUCAUAACACUCGUCCACACUUUGUUCAAAGGAUACGAAAAUCAAGGAACAACAAAAUACUACCCCGUAGCUCCAGUCAUAUUAUCUGACGUGUAUCGGGCCUUGGGUAAGUGCAAAGAAGGACACCGAUAUUUCCAAGGGUGUAAUCUGCUCCUCCAGUGGUGGAUUCUCAGCCAUUUGGUGAAGGGUGCUGGGACUCGGGAAUUCCACACCCUCGACAACAAGAACACUCUCAAGGACUUAAACGAUUUAAUAUUCUGGGCAAACAUGGACAAUCGGAGAACAAGAGGGAGAUGGUCCCAAAUUUUCUCCGAAUUGAGAGAAGAGGACCUCCAAUGGAUGCUCGACCGUUUUAUAUCCAAGGAAGUUGUCGUGAAGAGUCACAGAUGUGUCGUGCUUCAUCUACCAGGCAUUCGGGGAAUUCGCCCUUACGCGCCAUUUCGAGUCUUGCGACAAUUCGGAAGAAAAUAA